AGCUGAAGUAGUGACAGUUGAUGGAAUGUUAUUAUUAUUACUUACUUUUUAAUAUUGUCUGUAAUUUUUUUAGAAAAAUAACAUGCAUAUAUGAAAAAUUGAAAAUAUAUGCUUUGCUUGUUAUUCUAGAUUCUUUUAUUAUGAUAUUAUUAAUAAAUAUUUCAUAAAAAUAGUUACCUAUUUCAAAUUUCUUAGGUUCAAGUACUGUAAACUUUUUAAGAAGUCAUGGAUACCGUUGUCAAAAGUAUGUUGGAUGAAGAUCCAGAAGAAAAAAAGGGUUUAGUGGUAUUUGGUAGAGAUUUAUCUAAAAUACCAUGUUUCCGUGAAAGUUUCUUGUAUGGAAUUGCUACAGGAGCUGGAGUGGGUUUGGCAGCUUUCCUCAAGACAUCUCGACCUAUGUUAUCACAACACAUUGGUUUUGGUACAUUCUCUAUAAGCACAUUAAUUUAUUGGUCAUUCUGUCGAUAUCAAUGGUCUAAACAGAGAUUUGAUGCACAGUUGCUACAGGAAGCUUUAAAAGAUAAGAUACUUUAUGAAGGUACUGUGGUAGAGAAAGAAUUAGAACAAAAAGGUGUUUUAAAAUCUGCUUAAUUUAGCAGUACCUGAUGACCAAUCCUGUUUCCUUAUUUCUUAUAAUCUAAUCUUCAUUUGAGUUGACACAUGUUUAGGUUGUAUUUAUAUAUUUAAAUUAAGAAUAAAUUGUUCAGUUAGUUUCUCAAAACAUGAAUUGAGUAUAAUUAUUAAAAAACAUGUGUAUAGUAACAAUAAUUGAGGUGGAUGAUGCCAUCUAGUAGAUUUUUGUUAUUCUUUUCUUUAUUUAAAAUUAAGAGAUAACUUUUCAAGUGUGUAGGAAGUAAUAUUGGAAUUGAUUCCGAGCUACCAUUCCCUAAACUAUCUCUAAAAUUAUAAUUUUAAUUUGAUAGUUUAUCGAUACUAUUAUAGUAUUGACUAUCUAAAUUUAAAUGUAAUGUAUAUAUGAUCCAAUUCUACUAAAAAAUUUGUUUAUACUCGUCUUUAGAAUAAACAUUUCAUUGUAAUAUCAAAUUAAUUUUUUAAUUUUAAGGUAGACAAUGGUGUUUCAGAAUCUACUCUAUACUCCAUUGACUUAUUAUCAUGGAAGUUCGCAAAUAUGACAAAAGAUUUUUUGGAGGUAUUUUUUUUAUUAAUUCCUGUAAGUCAUCAUAAAUACUUUCCUGUAUUGUUUACAUUACAUUACAUGUUUACAUAUCAACUUUUAUAAUUGUUUAACCACAAAAUUGUUAUUUGAAAAAUUUUUCAACUUCUAUACUCUUUAUAUAUAUUAUACACUAGAUGGCAUUCAGGCAUAAUAACUGCUUUAUUUAUCAUAAAAUUUAAAAGGAAAACCUAUACCUACAGCAAUAUAAUUAAAUUAAUUUUCUAAAGGGAACAUUUUAAUAGGACGUAUUAGAAGAUAUUUAAUAAUGAAAUAGGAAUUUAUGUUUUAAUAAAUUAACUUUAUUAAAAUUUAUGUAUUUAGACAGUUGCUGUAAAUAAUAAUAAUAAGGAGAGUACUAGUAUAUAUAAUGAGUUUGUAGUUAUCAAUAAAUUUUGUUACCAAUA